AUGGAGUUUGAUACAGCCGAACAUGUGAAAAAGUGCCAGCAAUUCCAAAGUCACGGAUCGUUAAUCUGCGCCCCGCGUAACCUACUGCAUAGUGUCGUCACCCCAUGGCCCUUGCAUAGCUGGGGACUUGAUAUUCUUGGGCCGAUAAGACCAACUUCAUCCGGGCGUCACAAGUAUAUCAUCACCGCAACCGAAUAUUCUACCAAGUGGGUUGAAGCUAUUCCGCUUCGAGACUAUUCAGGCGCCACGAUCGCUGCAUUUAUCAAAGAACACAUCAUUUAUCGAUUCGGCGCACCCAUGGUUAUACGUUCGGAUAAUGGUACCUCUUUUGUUAAUCAAACUAUCAUGGAUUUGCUGAACCAAUACGGGAUCAAGUUCCACACUUCGACUGUCUACCACCCUUAUGGGAACGGGCAGGCUGAAGCAACUAACAAAACAGUGUUGAGGAUACUGAGCCGGAAAGUAUACGAUCAUCACAGGAGCUGGCACGAGCAGCUACCCCUUGCACUUUGGGCAUACCGCAUCUCUAGGAGAAGUUCAACUGGUGCCUCCCCUUAUUCCUUGGUGUACGGAGAAGAUGCAAUACUGUCAUCAUAA